AUGUACUAUUAUCCUUCAGUUUGUGCUAAUAUGAACCCCUCUGCUUGUCUUGAUUUGUAUCCUAUGCAAGAUGACAAGACAAAGUAUUUCCCUAAUGAAAUCCUCCUACAUAACUCUACCACUGCCAACAACAAUGGUAAUGGUGCAAUGAACUUAACAGGACAACAACUUCGUCAGUUACAAUACCAUCAAAUGCUAAAUACCGCUGGCGGUAAGCGCUCUCGUCGUGAUGAUGACGAAGACCAUUCGAUGUCGACCAAUAAUACCGCCCAUGAGGUCCGCAAGUCCAUCAGUGAUAGUAACAUUGUGGUCCAUAAAGACAUGAUGGACACAGACAUGUCCGAUGGUGAUUACAACAGCUAUCAUAAUCAAAACCACGAGCACAACAACAUCAAGCGCCAGUUUCACAAGACCGAAGUUCCUAAGGAAAGCCAGGACUGGCCGGUAUUUCAACAUCCAAAUGGUGGGGUUAUUCAGUUCACUCCCCAUGGAAAUAUCAGAACAUAUUUUGAUGAAAUGAGGGGAGUCGAGGUAAGCGUUAUGGAAAACGAUUCCAGCUUUUUGAACUUUGGAACUUAA